UUUUUUUUUUUUGCAACCGCCCCUUCCUCUUUUGCAAGGCCGGGGACCCCUCGGUGGAUUCGGAUCGUUGCAAUCCCCCCCUUUUUUAUCAAUUUCACUACAUUUUAUAUUUUUGGUUGCAAAUCCCCCCCCCCAUUUUUUAUUUUUUGCAAACGGAAGGAGACGCCCCGAGAAGAAAGAAAAAAGAAGAAAUUUGCAAAAAAAGAAAAAAGAAGAUUUUUCUUCGGAAGGAACAAAAGCCUCAGGAUCCAAACAGGAGCUUUGCAAUUGCCUCCAAUAAUAAUAAUAAAUAUAUAUAAUAUUUAUAUAUUUAUUACAAAGGAUCCAGCAUGCAAAGUUCUGUGGCGACCUGGGGCUGACCCCAUCCGGAUGCAGAUGCCAUCUUUGCUUCCUUCCCAGUCUGUGUAUUUCUUCUCCUCCCGGCGCCCGACCCGCCAAUCAAAAUAGAGUCCCUCAAGGUGAAAGUUGACUUCCUGACGGCGCCCCUCGGCCUGAAGAAGAAGAAGCGGAAGGGGAAGCCGGCCCCCCCGGCGGCCCUGAAGAAGGAGGCGGCCUUGGCCUUGGCCCCCGCCCGACCCCGGGGCCCCCCCUCCGUGGCCGACCUCCGACCCCCCGGACGGCGCCCCGACAACAUGGACAACGAGUCCCAGUACUCCGGGUAUUCCUACAAGUCGGGCCACUCCCGCAGCUCCCGCAAGCACCGGGACCGGCGGGAGCGGCAUCGUUCCAAGAGCCGGGAUGGGAGCCGCGGGGACAAGUCGGUCACCAUCCAGGCCCCCGGGGAGCCCCUCCUGGACAACGAGUCGACCCGGGGGGACGAGAGGGAUGACAACUGGGGGGAGACGACGACGGUGGUGACGGGGACGUCGGAGCACAGCAUCUCGCACGAGGACCUGACGCGCAUCGCCAAGGACAUGGAGGACAGCGUCCCGCUGGACUGCUCGCGGCACCUGGGGGUCUCGCUGGCGGCGGGCCUGGCCCUGCUGUGCUUCCUGACCCCGCUGGCCUUCGUGCUGCUGCCGCCGGCGCUGUGGGGGGAGCGGCUGGAGCCCUGCGGGACCCCCUGCGAGGGCCUCUUCCUCUCGGUGGCCUUCAAGCUGCUGAUCCUGCUGCUGGGCAGCUGGGCCCUCUUCUUCCGCCGGCCCAAGGCCUCCUUCCCGCGGGCCUUCGCCUUCCGGGCCCUGCUGAUGGUGCUGCUCUUCCUCCUGGUGGUCUCCUACUGGCUCUUCUACGGCGUCCGCAUCCUGGACUCCCGCGACCCCAACUACCAGGGCAUCGUCCAGUACGCCGUCUCCCUGGUGGACGCCCUGCUCUUCGUCCACUACCUGGCCGUGGUCCUCCUCGAGCUGCGGCAGCUCCAGCCCCACUUCACCCUCAAGGUGGUCCGCUCCACCGACGGCGCCAGCCGCUUCUACAACGUCGGGCACCUCAGCAUCCAGAGAGUGGCCGUGUGGGUCCUGGAGAACUACUACCAGGACUUCCCCGUCUCCAACCCAGCCCUCCUCAACCUGCCCAAGUCCGUCCUCUCCAAGAAGAUGUCCGGGUUCAAAGUCUACUCCCUCGGAGAAGAAAACACGACCAACAACUCAACCAGCCAGUCCCGCGCUGUGAUUGCAGCGGCCGCUCGUCGGAGGGACAACAGCCACAACGAGUACUACUACGAGGAGGCGGAGCAUGAGCGCCGGGUGCGGAAGAGGCGGGCCAGGCUGGUGGUGGCGGUGGAGGAGGCCUUCACGCACAUCAAGCGCCUGCAGGAGGAGGACCAGAAGAACCCGCGGGAGGUGAUGGACCCCCGGGAGGCGGCCCAGGCCAUCUUCGCCUCCAUGGCCCGCGCCAUGCAGAAGUACCUGCGCACCACCAAGCAGCAGCCCUUCCACACCAUGGAGAGCAUCCUCCAGCACCUGGAGUUCUGCAUCACCCACGACAUGACCCCCAAGGCCUUCCUGGAGCGCUACCUAACGGCGGGCCCCACCAUCCAGUACCACAAGGAUCGUUGGCUGGCCAAGCAGUGGACGUUGGUCAGCGAGGAGCCGGUGACCAACGGCUUGAAGGACGGGGUGGUCUUCGUCCUCAAGCGCCACGACUUCAGCCUGGUGGUCAGCACCAAGAAGAUCCCCUUCUUCAAGCUCUCGGAGGAGUUUGUGGACCCCAAGUCGCACAAGUUUGUGAUGCGGCUUCAGUCGGAGACUUCGGUGUGAAAGAAAACCCAAGGCCCGAAAGAGGGUCUUGCGGGGAGCGCCGUAUCCGUCCUUCUGGGCGGUGACCACAUCCGGAAGGCGGCCAUCUUGGAGUUUAAGAUCUGUCUCCACGCAUCUCCAGGUGCCUGCAUUGACCACUCCGUCCCGUCAAUCCCUUUUUUUACGAGUUCCUUCCGGACAACAUUGAGGCGGUGAGAUUUUUUGGGGUCCCACCACCCUGUCCACUUUUCUACUUUCCACUUUCUGAAGUCCUUCCCGACAUCUCCAGAGCUCUGAAAUGACUACGUCUCAGAGCUCCAGAGAAUUGAGAACAUCCGAGUUUCGAUGCCAGAGAUAAUUUACUCGUAAAUAGAAAACAUGGAGUUUUAGUGGCGGAGAUCUCUCGCUCGUAAAUAGAAAACAUUGAGAACAUUGAAAAGGUUGAGUUUCGGUGCAGGAGAUCCCGUCACUCGUAAGUAGAAAAGAUUUGAGUUUUGGUGCCAGAGAUCUCUCAUAAAUAGAAAACACGGAGUUUCUAUGUAGGAGAUUUCUCACUCAAUAGAUUGAGUUCGUAAAUAGAAAAAAUGGAGUUUCGGUGCUGGACAGCUCUUCACUCGUAAAUAGAAAACAUGGAGUUUUGAUGACACAGAUGUCUCACUCGUAAGUAAAAAAACAUGGAGUUCGCAAAUAGAAAAUAUUGAAUUUCGGUGCCAGGAAUCUCUUGUAAAUAGAAAAGAUGGAAUUCUGGUGCCAGAGAUCUCUCACUAGUAAAUAGAAAACAUGGAGUCUUGGUGACGGAGAUCUCUUCGCUCGUCAAUAGUAAAAAAAAUUGAGUCUCUAUUCCGGAGAUCUCUUCGCUCGUAAAUAGAAAAAGAUUGAGUUUUGGUGACGGAGAUCUCUUCGCUCGUAAAUAGAAAAAUAUUGAGUUUCGGUGCCUGAGAUCUCUUCGCUCGUAAAUUGAAAACUGAUGAAUUCGGUGACGGAGAUCUCUUCACUCGUAAAUAGAAAAAGAUUGCGUUUCGGUGACGGAGAUCUCUUCGCUCGUAAAUAGAAAAAGAUUGCGUUUCGGUGACGGAGAUCUCUUCGCUCGUAAAUAGAAAAAUACUGAGUUUCGGUGCCUGAGAUCUCUUCGCUCGUAAAUUGAAAACUGAUGAAUUCGGUGACGGAGAUCUCUUCGCUCGUAAAUAGAAAAAGAUUGCGUUUCGGUGACGGAGAUCUCUUCGCUCAUAAAUAGAAAAAUAUUGAGUCUCGGUGCCGGAGAUCUCUUCGCUCGUAAAUAGAAAAAGAUUGCGUUUCGGUGACGGAGAUCUCUUCGCUCGUAAAUAGAAAAAUACUGAGUUUCGGUGCCUGAGAUCUCUUCGCUCGUAAAUUGAAAACUGAUGAGUUUCGGUGACGGAGAUCUCUUCGCUCGUAAAUAGAAAAAGAUUGAGUCUCGGUGCCGGAGAUCUCUUCGCUCGUAAAUAGAAAAAGAUUGAGUCUCGGUGCCGGAGAUCUCUUCGCUCGUAAAUAGAAAAAGAUUGCGUUUCGGUGACGGAGAUCUCUUCGCUCGUAAAUAGAAAAAUACUGAGUUUCGGUGCCUGAGAUCUCUUCGCUCGUAAAUUGAAAAUUGAUGAGUUUCGGUGACGGAGAUCUCUUCGCUCGUAAAUAGAAAAAGAUUGCGUUUCGGUGACGGAGAUCUCUUCGCUCGUAAAUAGAAAAAGAUUGAUUUUCGGUACCUGAGAUCUCUUCGCUCGUAAAUGGAAAACGGACGAGUUUCGGUGCCAAAUUUUAAGGGCUAAUUCCGUUCACUAUCUUCACCAGCACCUCCAGGUUUUGAGGGACCUUUCUGUGAAUGUUCUUUCUUUAUAAAAACACACACAAAUACACACAAAAAACCAGCGAACCUCAACAGUUCUGGCCUUCGAAACUUCACUCGUUUCCCACAAACUCCAGCUGGACUUGCACAAAACCUUUUUUUGGGGGGUAGGGAGCGUUUUAGGUAUAGAUAGAUAGAUUAUAUGUAAAAAAAAGAAAGAAAAGGAACGUCGGAUUGUAGCUGCUAUUUUUUAAAUCGACAUCGUCACCACUUCGAAAACCAACAAUCUCUGGGACGGGUUUCUCGUAUCUCGUCCCUUUCGCAAAAAGGACAUUUUGGGAAGGUUUCCUUUUAUUUCCGAAGGAAGGUCCGAACUUCUUAAGUUUGUCUUUCAUCUCUGUUUGUAAAUAAUUGUGAUCCGUCAAACGCUGCAAAUCGCGUUUCGGUUUUGCGUCCACCGUCCGAGGUUUUCUCUCUGUGGUAUCGGAUUUGUGUUGAAGUCCGUUGUUGUGUCUUUUGUUCAGGAUUUGGGUGCGAAAUUGUGAGCGAAUCGGGGUCAAGGCUACCUUUUUUUGGUUCGGCAAGAAGCGUUUCCUACACAACUCCGCUUCAAAUAAACUGAGUUUUGUUUUUUCCCCCAUUGGUUUGGAUCCCAUUUCCAAGGAUGCAUAUACAAAUAUUCCAAAUGCUGAAAAUAUAUUCCAAAUAUUAUAUAAAAAUAUUCCACGUGUUAUAUAAAUAUUCCACAUAUUGAAAUAAAUAUUCCAGAUGCUGAAAAAAUAUUCCAAAUAUCGUAUAAAAAUAUUCCACGUAUUGAAAUAAUUACUUCAAAUAUUGAAGUAAAUAUUCCAAAUAUUAUUUUAAAAUCUUCCAAAUAUUACCCAAAAAAUUACAAAUAGUGAAAUAAAUUCGCCAAAUAUUGAAACAAAUAUUCCAAGUAAUAUAAAAAAUAUUCCAUAUAUUAUAUAAAUAUUCCAAAAUAUGACACACAUUUGCAAAUACAGUAGAGUCUCACUUAUCCAGCGUUCUGGAUUAUCCAACGCAUUUUUGUAGUCAAUGUUUUCAAUACAUCGUAAUAAUUUGGUGCUAAAUUCGUAAAUACAGUAAUUACUACAUAGCAUUACUGCGUAUUGAACUACUUUUUCUGUCAAAUUUGUUGUAUAACAUGUUUUGGUGUUUAAUUUGUGAAAUCAUAACCUAAUUUAAUGUUUAAUAGGCUUUCCUUAAUCUCUCCUUAUUAUCCAACAUAUUCGCUUAUCCAACGUUCUGUCGGCCUGUUUACGUUGGGUAAGUGAGACUCUACUGUAUUUGAAAUAUUGAAGUAAAUAUUCCAAAUAUUAUUUUAAAAUCUUCCAAAUAUUACCCAAAAAAUUACAAAUAGUGAAAUAAAUUCGCCAAAUAUUGAAACAAAUAUUCCAAGUAAUAUAAAAAAUAUUCCAUAUAUGAUAUAAAUAUUCCAAAAUAUUACACACAUUUGCAAAUAUUGAAAUAUUUCAAAUAUUAUAAAAAUAUUCAAACAAUUAUACAAAAAUUACAAAUAUUGAAAUAAAUAUUACAAACAUUCCAAAAAUAUUCAGAAAUAUUGUAAGUAUCCCAAACAUUUAGAAUAUUAAAAUAAUAUUUGGAAUAUUGUAAAAUUUGUAUAGCAUUCCCAGCAUUCUAAAAUCUCAAAUUUUGGCUAAAGGAAGAUACAACCUGUUUUAUUUUAUUUAAAAUGUGAAUAAGUGACUCUAAUGGGACCAAGCAAUGACAUCCUGCCUCGUUUUGUGCUUUUUGAAUCUCUGUUUUUGUUAAAUAGAGAGGAAUUUUUAUGAAAAAGAUUUGUUUUGCAGGGAUUUGUGCAUCUAAUCCGCCUUUAAUCAUCUUAUUUGUGGCCUUCCCAGCAUAAUAUCACUGCCAUUUUGACAUCAAAUUUAUUACAAUGUUGUUCCAUUUUUAUUGUGAAAAACAACCAUUUUUUAUUUUUUUUAAAGAUUUCCCAUACACUGAAUUUAGGGGGGAAUUUCCCCCCCAUUUUGGUUACUUUCUUUUUAAAUAAAAUUAAAAAAAUAAAUAAAAAGUAAGGUCGAAGUUGUAAGAAGGGGGAAUGCAUGCCUGUAGAAAGUUGUAAAGUGUAAAAUGGUUUUGUUUUUUUUUAAUAUAUAAAAUGUUUCUGUUUUUACCGUUUGCAGUGGGACUAAAACGUUACAGAAAGGGUAGAACGAGUCUUUUUUUUUUUCAGAUAGGAGGUAAAACUACAUUUUUUUCUAUAAAAAAGAAAAUAAAGAAAAAUAAAUACCUUUCAA